GGUAUUCCCUAAAUUAGCCUAAAUUACUUCCUCAAAUCAUACCCUUCACGAUUUCGGCCUGCCCCACUUUCAACAUUCGUCGAGAUUCAAGCUCCAGCAAAAUGGGUUUGCUUCAAAAAUGGCGGAGAGCAUCGGGAAAUCAAACGGCAGGAGACCCAGUUGGGGAAAAAGCGAGACCAAUAGAAUACGAGCGCGGCGGUAGCGGCGACGGCGACGGCGGCAGAUAUGGUGGGGAGGGAAGAGACUGGACGACCUCGAUUCUACUGUUUUCUUUCUGGGCUGGUCUAAUGUUUUAUGUCUUCAAUCUCGCUCCGAAUCGGACUCCGUCAAUGGACAUAUAUCUCUUGAAGAAGCUUUUGAACUUGAAAAGUGACGAUGGCUUCAAAAUGAAUGAAGUGCUUGUGUCUCUUUGGUAUAUUAUGGGCUUGUGGCCACUGGUUUAUGGCAUGCUGCUGCUUCCUUCUGGCAGAAGCUCAAAUAGCAAUGUUCCUGUCUGGCCUUUCCUAGUACUGUCGUUCUUCUUGGGUGCCUACGGUCUUCUUCCAUAUUUUGUACUUCGGAAGCCACCGCCACCUCCUGUUGAGGAAGAUGAACUCAAGAGAUGGCCUUUGAAUUUCCUCGAGUCCAAAUUCACUUCUGGGAUAACAUUUGCUGCAGGACUCGGUAUACUAUUUUAUGCUGGAUUAGCUGGUGAGAGUGCGUGGAAGGCAUUUUACCAGUACUUCAGAGAGAGCAGAUUUUCUUACCCCAGUUUCGAAACGUUAUUGAUGCAGAUCCAUGCCAUGAGCAUCGACUUCAUGCUACUAUCUUCAUUUGCUCCAUUUUGGGUUUACAAUGACAAGACUGCUCGAAAAUGGUACGACAAAGGAUCUUGGCUCGUUCCGUUUUCGGUCGUGCCAUUUUUAGGUCCUGCCUUGUAUCUCAUCCUGCGGCCGUUGCCUACUACAAUGACGACUACCGUUCCACCCAACGCAGCUGCAUCUGAACCAAAAUAGUCAUGUUUCUAAAGUGAACCAGAACAAGGAAGCUUAGCUGCAAUUGUGAGAAAAAACAGGCUUUAAGGUACAGGGAGAAGUUUUGUGUCUCAAAACAUAGUAGAUUAGGAUAAAGUGACAGUCAAAUGAUGUUUGUCUUGUUCUUAUGUUAUUAUGUUUCUUUAAUAGAAAAAGGGUAAUGU